GUCGUUUUUUUAAACUUCACAAUGGCGUUAUGUUGCCUAACAUGCAUUGAUCAGUCAUCAAAGAGUUUGCUUACCUACUAAUGUCAUGAGAGACAUUUGGUUGUUCUUUAUUCUUUCUCGUGUAAAUUCAGCUGACAGAUUGCCCCGUCUACCCGACUGACACUUGCGCAGUGACUAGUUGUAGUUGAACAGUUUUGAGGUUGUGAACCGUAUUGUGGCCAUGUAAUUCAACAGUAGUAAGAUAAUAGCGUUUAUUUUUUGGUCCGACUGCUCUCAGUUUUUAAUUAACACAGAUGGCAAGCCGAACUGAUAAAGGUCAUGAGAAAGUAGACGUCGAGACACUUGCAGAGGUGUUCCGAUGCUUUAUUUGCAUGGAAAAACUUCGAGAUGCUCACCUAUGUCCACAUUGCUCGAAAUUGUGUUGCUAUGUAUGCAUUAGACGUUGGUUAACAGAGCAGAGAUCUCAGUGUCCUCACUGCAGAGCUUCAUUGCAUCUUCAUGAACUAGUCAAUUGCCGUUGGGUAGAAGAAGUGACCCAACAGCUUGAUACUCUACAGGCUGUUGGUUUAAAUUCGUCUCGAUCUGAGGAUAAUGAAAGAGACAGGUGUGAAGCGCAUCAGGAAAAGCUCUCUGUAUAUUGCUGGACAUGCAGACGAUGCAUAUGUCAUCAGUGUGCUCUGUGGGGUGGUACUCAUUCUGGGCACACUUUCAAACCACUUGAAGAAGUGUAUGAACAGCAUAUAACACAAAUUAAAGAUGAAGUUGCCCAAUUACGACGAAGGCUUAUGGAGCUAAUUAGUCUUGUACAAGAGGUGGAACGCAAUGUGGAAUCGGUACGGGCUGCUAAAGAUGAACGUGUUAGAGAAAUUCGUAAUGCUGUGGAACUGAUGAUUGCUCGACUAGACUCUCAGUUAAAAGCUAAACUUCUUACUUUGAUGGGUCAAGAGAGUUCUCUAACACAGGAAACUGAACAAUUGGAAGCUCUUCUACAGGAAAUUGAACAUCAAUUGCAUUCUUGUACUAGAUCAGAAUUGAUUAAUAAGAGCAAUGAGAUAUCUCGAAUGAUUCAUCAAGUUCGUAAGAAGCCAAUGGCUAGUUUUGUCACUGCACCUGUACCUGCUGAUUUCCAAAGUGAAAUAGUUCCUGGCUAUGAUAGUAGCACUUUUGUUAUGCAAAACUUUGUACAACUGCAACAUAAGGCUGAUCCUGUGUAUUCCACACCUCUACAUGUUAACGGAUUGUGUUGGAGGUUAAAAGUGUAUCCUGAUGGAAACGGAGUAGUAAGAGGGAAUUAUUUGUCAGUUUUUUUGGAAUUGAGUGCCGGACUUCCAGAAACUUCAAAAUAUGAAUAUAGAGUUGAGAUGAUUCAUCAGGGAUCUCGAGAUGCAAGUAAAAACAUUGUACGAGAAUUUGCUUCUGAUUUUGAAAUUGGAGAAUGUUGGGGUUACAAUAGGUUCUUUCGUUUGGAUUUGUUGGCUAGUGAAGGCUAUCUCAACACUGAAACAGACACCUUAAUUUUGAGAGAUCAACAGUGGUAUAUAAGUCAUCUGUUGACUGUACAAAAUCAGUAUGCUACUCAAAUAAAUGAACUGAAAGAGCGGUUAGCAAUUGAAAUAUCGAGAAAUAAUACUGCUAGCAGAAAUAAUGGUACAAGUGAUACUUCUUGUCCUACAACAAAUGCAGUCAUAACUAGUGUUGCUACAACUACAACAACCACUGUCACAUCUGUGCCAUCUCCUGUUAUCCCCACUAGUUCUUUCAUUCAGCAGCCCCAGUCAAUUUCUUCUGGUGUAUCUUCUACACCGGGAACGGACACGUUGUUGACCACCUGUUGUUUACUAGAAAUGCCUAUGAAUUCUCAAUCGGCAUGUAGGUCUUCUCAAAGUGUAACUCCAGGUUCCAAUAUUUCACAAAUUGGAACAGUGGAUAUACUAACGCCUGUUCGUGCUAAUGAAUCUUCAUCUACUCUCUCCACUGCUGAUUCUUCCCAUACUCGGGUGAAGCCUGUAAGGAGUAAUAGAAAAUGUCAGAGUCCCAGAAAUCUUCGUUUAAUUCCUCUUGCUUCUUCUUUGUCAUCACCCAAUCUUCUCAAUACUACUCAAGUUGUUUCUAGUUGCAGUAGCAGUGAUAGUGAGGAUAUUAGUGAAGCAGGUUUCAAUGAAGAUUGUGAACAUAAUAAUAGUAGUAUGUGCAUUGAAGAAGAUGAAGAAAAUUCAAAUGAUGAAAAUGAUGUUGAUGAUCAAACUAUGUCAGGUGAUAACGAUGUCGAAUUUUCUUUGACUCAGCCAUUACUGUUUCGGAAUAGAGAAGACACUAAUGUAACAGGAAGUAGAAUGUCGAGAAGUUCAUUGUCAGAUGGUUUAGAAGAUGAAAUUAUGCUUCUUCAUCUAUUUGAAAUGCAAGAUCGCAAUAACACAACAGCUAUUGAUCCAGCACAAUGGACACCUCCUUUGUACAAUUCUUCUGGUUCUAGACGAGACUUCAAGUCCAGAACAGGUCGAAUAAAUCGUCAACCACUUGUGACUGCCAGUAGUGUUUUAGACACACUCCAGCUUGUCGUCGGGCGUGUAGUUUCUCUUGGUAGUUCAAGAACAACUCCAAGAAUGCCUGCCUCUCUUCGAAGGCAAGAUUUACCUUCUACCUCUGCACCUAGACAUGUCCCAGCAACGGAAUGGAGAGAACCUAUGGCACUAACACCGCAGGCUCAGUCUCAGUUAAAGAGUGAUGUGGACAAUUUUCGUCGCAUUUUGGAGCAAUUUCAAUUUUCUCCUGUUGAGGAAUACAGUAAUCAAGAAGUUCAGAAUGCCUCUGUUCUUGCAGCACGACUUGGAAACCCUGAAACAGCUGGAAAUCCUCUGAGAGAACAUUCUCCUUCUCCAGUUAAUCAAACAACAACCACCACCACCACAACAACUACUGUAGGAUUAGAUCCUCCAGCAACGAGAGAUGGAAGCAGCUUGUUUUCUUGGACUCCUUUAGACAUUUGUCCUCUCGGCCUAAGUAUGCAUCAUAAAAGAACACUUCUUCAAGAUCAAGAUAGUAGUCAACCAGAAAAAGAAGAAAAUCAGCAGAAGAACAGAAGUCCAAGCAAUGACAAAGAGAAGCCAAAUUAAAGUGCAAGAAGCAGAAUCAAGAAAAGAAAUUGUGUUCGUUUAAUAAUAAAGUAUUAUCUGGAAUCUUAUUUCAUUCCUCUACUGAUUGUAGUCAUGACAAAAUGUAUUUAAAUUAAUAAGUUUUCUUUGAUUAUGAAAAUGUGUAUAAAUAUUUAUUUUCCUUUUCAAUUGAUUUCAUGUCAGAGAAAAAAGAUAUUCCAAUGGGGCUUAACUCGACUUUAAAGCAUUAAAUAAUGACAUUCCACAUUCAUUAAUAUUAUGUAGUAAUAUUUUAUGUGUAUUUUAUUAAUAAAUUCAAGUGGUGAGAUUUUUUAGUUAAAACAAUGAAAAUGUUUGUAUUUAUAAAAUACCCAUUCCAAACUCUCUUCGACCAAGUUCUUUUAUUUAUAAUUUGGGAGAAUGUAUGAUGUAAUGCUAGUUAUUUAGGAUAUUAGUGUCGUAAUACAUCUGAUUAAAAUACGAGAUUGGAAAAUUGCCAAACGAGUCCGUUGGGAUGAAUUUGGUAACCAAUUGAGUAUUGUAAUCAGAUGUUACGACACGAAUAUCGUACAACAUUUUAUCCACUUUGUAAAAAUUUAUUAGAUGUAAAAUUAAAAUUUUCAUUUUGUAUUCACAUUUUUCCCCUUUAAGUGGCAACACUGUUCUUAACAAGGAGAAUAAUUGAAAUGCACAUGGUGUACACAUUUCGACAUGAGCGAAUGCAGUUCAGACUCAAAAAUAGAAAUAGCAGCAAAUGCUGCUAUAGAUUCUUUGUUACCAUACAAAUCAAAGAAGAAAUAUGAGUGUGAGUACUCAAGUUUUAAGGAUUGGUGUGAAAACAAAAACGUUCAUUGCAUAUCAGAAAAAGUUUUAAUGGCUUACUUUUCCGGCAAGUAAGAAAAGGAAAAACCGAGUAGUCUUUGGACCCACUUUUCUAUGCAGAAGAGUACUUUAUUAGUUAAGGAUAAUAUUGAUAUAAGUAAGUUUAACCAGUUUUUAGCAUUUUUAAAAAAGAAAAGGAAAGGAUAUAAAACAAAAAAGUCAAAGAUAUUUUCAAAAGAACACAUACAUAAAUUUUUAAUAGAAGCUGACGAUAAUUAUUUGUUGAUGAAGGUGACCUUAAUAAUUGGUAUAUUUGGCGCUUGCCAUAGAGAUGAGUUAAAGAAUCUUAAAAUAAAUAUAGUAAUACGUAAGUUAUAGAGGAUAGACAAACACGUAUUUUAAUUAAUGUACCAAACAAUAAGAAUUUGUAAUUAGUGAAGGGAAUAUUAAAAAAUUUAACUGUUUAGAAACAUUUCACCUUUGGCCUCAAAAUGUCAAGCACGAUCGUUUCUUUGUAUUUUACAAAAAUGGAAAAUGUACUUGCCAACCUGUUGGAAUAAAUACUUUUGGAGGCAUUCUGAAGC